AUGAUUUUUAUCAAAGGAAUCCUUCACAGCGUUCCAACAGAAUUUUUGCACAAACCAAUACAGACUUUACUAACUCUUGCUGAUCCAGCGAGUCCAGGGUAUGGAAUAAUAUCUACUUUUGUAUGUUCUUUAUGUCCAAACUAUAUUUCUGUUGAAGAUUUAGUUCCAACUUUGUCAUCACAAUACUUUGCAUCGCCAAUGGAGUUUCAUAAUAUAUUCUUGAGAUGUAAUACACAAUCUGAGAGCGAGAUAUUGCUAGGAGUUAAGAUUUUUUCAAGAAUUAUGGUAUUAUCUUUUUAUUGGUCUAGAAUAUCAGCCUAUUAUUUAUCAAUUUUACUAGAAAAGGGUAGAUUUUAUGAUAAAGUACAAGAAUGGUUUUCUGCUUUCCUAUUACAACUAAAAGCAUCAACAAUUAUCCAAGAAAACGAAAGAAAAUACGUAACUAGGAGAAGAAGACUGAAAGAGAUAUUUACAUCAAGUUUAUUUGCAGAAUUUGUUGUUGUUUCUGAUUUAUUUGAUAUUUCAGAAUACGAUGAAAUUAUUCCAACAAUAUCUGAAAUAGAGAAGAAGAUAGGUAUUGAAGACCUCAAGUAUUUGCCUUUCCAUACAAAAGGAUUAGAUUUGAUCACGAGCACUAAAAAGAAACACAGAAAGAAGAAGAAACGCUCUAAAUCUGUCCCACAUAAUCAACCUUCAACUCCAACUAAAGACCAGGAGAGUUCUGAAGAUCUAAAUCCUAAACCAAAGAAGAGAAUUAGAAGAAGGAAGAAAAAGAGCAACGACUAA